GGGAAGCAAUUUCACUUUUGUCCACACAGCGGUACUAUUCAUUGACAAUAACGGGUGUGUUUCGAUAUUGUCUGCUCCUGUUCCGAAGUCACCAGGUUUAACGCACUAAAAGUUUCAUUCGAAGUAAUUAAUACGCUGCAGGUAGGAAGUGCCUGCCUUGUUUACUUCAAACUGUUUGUUGUUGGAUCGCGCAACAUUUAGCUCGUAUGCAAAUUACAAGGGUUAUUUGUCCCUGCGUGCGCUUAAAAAUCUCACUGACUUAACUUUCACAUGAAGUCAGGCGAAUUGACCUUAGAAGAAUGCUUAAGCCAUAAAUUAUAAUCAACUCUCCAUCCACCGCCUGAUCCAUUCAAAGACAAUACACAAACCUGGACAAACGGACUGCCUUUAGCCUGCGAAAUAUCUAAUCGGUGUGCGCUGGCUAUCUGCACGUGGAUUUGGGGAGGAACUUGUGGUUUUACGCGAGUGCAGUGCAUUUCCUUGCUGGUCCGGCGGAGAGAUAUCGACGCGCUGACGCAUGUGGUGCCAGUCAUUUUCAUGAAUUCAAAAUCUUCUUACCAGUAGUCACUGGGAGUUGGGGAUCAAGUCUUUCUGUUAGUAACCCCAAACGCUGACAUGGAGGGCUUUCUACGUAGCAGCUUUUUACUGAGCAGAAUCAUGUCUUCCAAGCAAGCCACCUCCCCGUUCGCCUCUGCCCCUGACAGCGACGACGCCAUGAUGAGCCAGGACCGGCUGGCCUGGGAGAAGGACGAGAGCGCGGCGGCCAUGGCCAUGGCCCCGGACGGCCUCCUGCCCCUGCCCAGCCUGCUGCACGGCAAGGGCCACCCCGAGGAACUGCCCCCCAUCAGCAGCGUGCCGCCGGAGGCCGACUGGGACAACCUGCUGUCAGCCCAGCAGCGCAUGGAAUCUGACAGCAAUAAAGUAUGUUCCCUGUACUCCUCCUUCCGGAAUAACUCUACCUCUCCGCACAAGCCUGAAGAGGGGGCCCGGGAGCGCGGUGACCUGCUGAGCAGCUCGGCGUUCGGGACGCCAGAGCGACGCAAAGGAAGUCUGGCCGACGUGGUGGACACACUCAAGCAGAAGAAACUGGAGGAGAUGACAAAGACAGAGCAGGACGAGUCCUCCUGCAUGGAAACACUGCUCUCCAAAGACUGGAAGGAGAAGAUGGAGCGACUAAACACCAGUGAACUUCUGGGAGAGAUAAAAGCAGGUACCCCUGAGAGCCUUGCGGAGAAGGAGCAUCAGCUCUCCACCAUGAUCACCCAGCUGAUCAGCCUGCGCGAGCAGCUCCUGGCGGCCCACGACGAGCAGAAGAAGCUGGCCGCCUCACAGAUGGAGAAGCAGCGCCAGCAAAUGGAACUGGCCCGCCAGCAGCAGGAACAGAUUGCAAGACAACAGCAGCAGCUUCUGCAGCAGCAGCACAAAAUCAAUCUUCUCCAGCAGCAGAUUCAGCAGGUCCAGGGUCACAUGCCUCCGCUCAUGAUCCCCAUUUUUCCACACGACCAGCGCACUCUGGCUGCUGCCGCCGCCGCCCAGCAGGGAUUCCUCUUCCCGCCGGGAAUGUCCUACAAGCCAGGUGAUAACUACCCAGUGCAGUUCAUUCCAUCCACAAUGGCAGCUGCCGCCGCGUCAGGACUCAACCCUCUGCAGCUUCAGCAACUGUACGCGGCCCAGCUGGCCAGCAUGCAGGUCUCUCCCGGAGCCAAGAUGCCACCGCUGUCCCAGCCCCCCAACGCUGGCGCGCCCAUCUCCCCCACGGGCCUCAAGAACGACAAGAGGUCCUCCAGCCCCGUCACUCAAGUCAAGGAGGAGGGCGCCCAGCCGCUCAACCUGUCUGCCCGGCCCAAGACGGGUGACUCCAUCAAGUGUCCGACGUCCCCCACACACGGCCUCUUCAAGAGCAGCCCUAACAGCCUGUCCGCCAAGGGGGGCAUCCCCAGCCCCCUCGGCAUCAUGGGCCGCGGCUCCUCUCUGGACAUCCUGUCCAGCCUGAACUCCACAGCGCUGUUCGGAGACCAGGACUCGGUGAUGAAGGCCAUCCAGGAGGCGAGGAAGAUGAGAGAACAGAUCCAGAGAGAGCAGCUCCAGCACCACCAGCAGGGGAUGGAGGCCAAGCUCCAAGCCCUCACCAACAUGGGCCUCAACUGCCGCUCUGACAAGGAGAGGGCUCACUUUGAAAGCCUGGCUCAUCCCUUGGCCAAGCUGGGAGAAGAAGUCAAGAUUGGGCAGCGAGUCAUCGAUCUUACCAGACCAGAGGAUCUAGAUGGAGGCGCCAGCACAGGCGAGGCGCGAGUCUUCAGGGAAUCCCGAGGAAGGAACACCAACGAGCCGCACAUCAAACGGCCCAUGAACGCCUUCAUGGUCUGGGCCAAGGAUGAACGCCGCAAAAUCCUCCAGGCCUUUCCAGACAUGCACAAUUCCAACAUCAGCAAAAUCCUGGGUUCUCGCUGGAAGUCGAUGAGUAACCAGGAGAAGCAGCCGUACUACGAAGAGCAGGCCCGCCUCAGCAAGAUCCACCUGGAGAAGUACCCCAACUACAAGUACAAGCCACGGCCCAAACGCACCUGCAUCAUCGACGGGAAGAAGCUGCGCAUCGGCGAGUACAAGCAGAUGAUGCGGUCGCGGAGACAGGAGAUGAGGCAGUUCUUCACUGUGGGGCAACAGCCACAGACACAACUCCCCAUCAGUACCAAUGCAGGUGUGGUCUACCCUGGAGCCAUAACCAUGACGACCACCACCACGCCCUCCCCGCACAUGACGUCGGACUGCUCCAGCGCCUCGGCCAGUCCCGAGCCCACCAUCCCCGUCAUCCAGAGCACCUUCGCCAUGAAGAUAGAACCCAACGCCAUGGUGACCAGCGAUGCCAUCAUCAACGGCGAGGACGAAAUAGAUAUGUACGAGGACUUUGAGGAGGAGCCCAAAUCGGACUACAGUAGUGAGAACGACACACAGGAGCCUGUCAGUGCCAACUAGAGGCCAAACUCACACACAACCCUCCCAGCCCUCCCCGAACCCUACCCCAACCCCCACACCCACAACCAAGAGUGUACAUCUACUGGAGAGAACGGGGAGCACCCGAUGGAAGAGAAGGAGACAAACAAGAACUACAGAACAAAAAGAGAAACAUUUCUUUUUGAUGAUAUUAUCUUCAGGAGCCUGCAUGCAUAUGUGGCUCCCUCAGAAACAAACAGCUAUUGGUCUUAAGUGUUUUUAAAAGUGUGAAGCAGUUUGAUUGUGUUGAAUUUUGGCUUUUUAUUAUCUCAUUGUUUAUUUUGUGUUCUUUUUGUUUUGUUUUGUUUUGUUUUGUUUUAUUUUUGAUGGACAUUUACACAGUUAGGGUUAUUGCCUAAAACAUUUGGAUGACAGGACUUGAAAAUUAACAUCCAUAGCUCUCACAGUCUUACUUUAUUGUUUGUAUCAGUAUACAUGUAUGUUUUUUUAAUGUGUUGAUUGCUUUUGUUAGCUUACAUUACUGUUCAUGAUGGGGGUUUAUAUUCUCACUCAGGUAUGCUGUGCCAGCUUACAGCUCGUGAAUGUUUUUAAUCGGAUCAGUUUUAAAUGAGGAAGAUAACAAAAAACUAAACAUUUUAAAUUUCAUCGCAAGAUAAAACGGUCUCAAAUCUGAGAACAGAGGGAAGGCAACAGACUCCCAUUUAUUAUUAUUAUUAUUAUUGUUAUUAUUAUUAUAAUUAUUAUUAUUAUUGAGAUAAGUUCCAGUGUGCCAAACAUUUCAUAAGCUUCCUUUUUUCGUAAAUCUCUUUUUUUAUAUUAUUAUUAAUUUUAGUCUUAAGGGAGACUGUAUUUUGGACAAUCUUUGAUAUCAGAUCGAAGCUCCCCCUCCACCCCAAGUCUUGUUUCGGUGCAUCUGUGCUCUUUAUCAUGGAAAAGCACUCAGGAAUCUGUGUGAUGUUUGCGGUUUUUGAUGAGAUGGCCUGUAAGUGCUUGCUGGCCAUGGAGUUGUUGGAGUAAUACUUUUCUCCAGGAAGUUUAAUACAGUGAUCAACAGAACCAAGCUACCCACCCCCACCCCUCGCCUAGCUCUCCAAUUCAGUCUUACACACUAAGUUCUUAAUCAGAGUGAUUGUAAUCAGUCCAGAAUGCCAAGGGGCCAAAGGCAUCCAAUCCACUGACUUGGAAAGGCAGCAAAGGCAGCUUUGGUGGCAUUACAAUCGUAAAUUGCUGUUGUCCAAUAUGCACAGUACAUUCUCUUAAACACUUUAGCCUCCACCAGGGCACAAAGUUUAAAGUCCUUAAAGUCUUCUUUUCCUGAAUUUAAAUCUUUGGGACAUUGUAAAUCUUAAUUGACACAAGAAAGUCUUAGAGCAGAGCAUGGUCUUUGGGUUCAUGUGAUGUGCUCCUCAUUACAAGGUCUUAAGAAAAGCUCCAGUUUAUCUGGAUGCAGUGGGCCAGUUGCAACGAGGGCAGGUGUAGGGAACUGCCCCCAGAUUUGUACAAGCAAUGAAUAUCAGCACUUAAUCUCUCCAAGUAUUCAGAACAUGAAGUGUUGCACUUUUUUUUUAAAACCUCUGCAUUUUAAAUGUGUCCUGACAUAUUGCAUCAGAUAUUAGGAUUUUUAGGUUUGGUACAUUUGAUCAUUGACAAGUUCUAGGAUGCUAAAUAUUAGAAAAGGAAAAAAAAGAAACAUAUCUACUGAUAAAGUGAUAAAAAUGGCUUAAUUUCAAUUUGAACUGCUGAUACAAUCAGUGCAGAUUUUCUUAAAAGCACAGAAUUCUUGAUACAAAAAAAAAACAAACCCAAUCCUCUCAAUCCUCAUUGUAGUGGCGAGGAUCUUUUAAUCAUUAGAACGGCUCCUUGCGGAAGGGCAGCAAAGAGACGAGCAGCGGUCAGGCCCACUGGUUGCUGCUGCGUUUCCCGCUGCGGCCUCCUGAGGGGUGCAGGGUCUAGCGCACCUUCAUCUCCACCCUGCUCCCCCGCCACCCCUGCCACCCCUGCCCCCUGCCCCCGCGAGAGUGCCAUCUGGCACGGCCCGGCAAAGCAGCGGUGCCUGGGCAGAGGAGAACAAUACCGGCGGAGGCCUUAUCGUUUUCAUUGUGCCCUCCAUCAAAGUGAGGGUGAAAAGGCCACGGCCGCGUUCAGGCCCGUGGCGCUGGCGAGCAGAUGGAACAAGUACAUCACGCUGUGGGGGAUUAUUAAAAUGACUUACGAGUCGCUAUCAUCCCAAAAUACGGCAUUAUUAAUGCAUGAGGCCUGCCAUUUUCCCCCUGCCCUUGAACCUGUCCAUCUAAUCCACUACACAGAGAUAAGGGUUUGAAACUGCUGGCCGUCCCCAUCCCAACGCCUCAGUCUCUCUGUCACUCACUCGAUCGCUUUGGUGCUGCUGAUCACUGCAUUAGCUUUUCACGGUACGGAUGGAUGUGAAGAUCUUAUUCUCUCUUGUCACAUCGACUGUGAUAGUGUCUGUUUAUCCCCAUACCCCCCCCCCCCCCCCCCCCAACCCUCACCCCCAUUUAAAAGCAUUUAACAAAAAGGCUUAGAAGUUUUAAGCACUUCUCUUUAAGAACAUUUGUGUUUGUAUUUUAGAAUUUUUGUAUUUUUUUUCCAUCUUUUUAAAAAGGUACAGUGCUUGGCAGAAUCCCUAUCGUUCUCCGUCAAAGCAAAGCCGAGCUCUCUUUUUUCUCUAUAGGCCAACUUGUGUGUCUUGUUUGAAGCUGUCACUUCUGUGUGCUGGUUGAUUGGUUGAUUUGUACAUGAUUUGUACAUAUUUUCGUGACCAUGCCAAAACUAUUUUGUAGGCUGGUGGACAACAAAAGGACUGUCUUUGGACUCUUCGGACUUGAAACUUGAUUGCGCUAGUAUAACAAACAAACAAAAAAAAACAACAAAAAAAAAAGAUUUAAAAAAGGACAAAAAAGAAGUUCAUUCUCACACAGAGACAAUGUUUCAUAAGUGUUAUGAGCACUGGAUAUAAAUGGUAUUUUUUAUCAAUUCUGACUAAUGUGAAGCUGUUGUGCGAGGAAAAAAAAACUACAUGAACAAAAGUCACCUGUUUGAACUCAUGUGGGCUCGUCUCACAGUUGCCAGAUCUGAGUCAUGUUUCUGUCUACUUAUUUUGUUUAUUUAUGCAAAGACACGUGAUGAAUGAACAUUUCAUUUAAGCUCCAGGGCUGCCUAGGGGAUGGGAAGAAGUUGACAGAAGGCUUGCAUAUUGACUGGCCAACUGAGACACACCGGACAUCAGUAUCACAUUUUAUUAGUCACGUAUAUUUGUGUUGUAUAUUGUAUUUGAAGCUAUAUAGUGCAUAUAGACAUUUUAUUGUAUUUAUUAGCCAUUGCUGGCUCUAAAAGUGUCAGUAGAACAGAAUAAACGGACAAUCAGAAAAAAAAAAUAAACAGUUGAGAUUUGAACCAGAAUUGGAGCUCAAAACAAAGUUUCUUUUCUUUCUUUCAUGCUUUUUUUUUUUUACAAAUUCACCAUCUCAUCACAGAUGUUUUAUUGUACAUAUAACAUAGGAAAAUAGAAAUCUAUUUUUGUUCAUGGAUACUUAGUGAAGUAUAAGUUAUGUAUUUGACUUUUUUUUCACAUUGUGUAUGUUGGUCCUUGUUCUGAAAAAAAAAGAAACUGACAAGUCACUGUACCUCAUGUAGAUGCUGAACUGACAUCCCUGUUGAACUAGCAGUAUUUCACCUGUAGCUGAGACAGCCAACACCUUGCUUGUGUUUCAAUGAUAAUCAUUAGACCUGUUCAAUCAGCCAAAACUGUACUACUUGUGAAUCAGUUGUCUAUUGGAAUUAUACACCGAAAAUGUUUUACAGUGCAGUGCAAUGCAACCAAGUGUCAAACUCUGCAGGAAAUUAUCUGAACUGACAGUGUUACAGAUGUAGGCCUGUGUGAAUGGCUAGGUCUCAACCCCCAAUGAAAAUGUUUGUAUGUGAUCAUAGAUAGUCCUGUCACAAUAAUAAGUGGUCACAAUAAGUUAUUGCAUAUGGCGGCUGUCAUUCAAUAAUGUGCCAAAUUUUGCCCCAAACCCCAGAUUGGUGUUUAUUUAAAAAAAAAAAAAAAAAAAAGAAAGAAAGAAAACAUUUGCAUGCAUCAGUUUUACAGAACAAUUUUAAUAUAACUAAAAAAAAAGAAGAAGAAUACAAUUACAUUUCUUGAAAUCACAGGUGAGGUUCUUGGAUAGCGUAGAUCAUAGGGGAUGUGCAAAUAUUUAUUAGAAUCUAUGCUGUACACGGACACUCGUGCGCAUUCUCUGUCCUCUUUAGUCCUUUUUGUCUCUUAUUACUAUCUUAAAAAUUGACGUUUUUUCACAAAACGCAGCCAGCAGCAAUCUAGCCCAAUUGACAUUUCUGUUCCUUCAUCAUUGUCACUGCCAUAUUAACACAAUGUAGAUACAACUGAAGACAGAGCUCGAAUGCUGUUUUUACUUAACUUAUCUUACUGUAAUUCUUUUUUUUUUCUGUCAUUGAACUUAUGUGAUGUAUAUUGUGGGAUUGUUCUUUGUUAAUUUAAUCAGCACAAUUCACUGACAUGCUGGACUGACAUGCUAGCUGCUGUUCAGAAGAGUAAAAUUUUUGCUGUUUGGGACAACAUAAUAUGCUGUUGUCCAUGGUACUCUGCUUCUUAGGUUAUUUGUGUUCUCCAAAUCGUCUCCUCAGCAACACUGUGCGUGAUGCUCUUCUGUUGCUUCAGCCGCAGUUAUUUUGAUUCCCUUUGGCAGCCUAAUACAUGUUUGUUUUUGUUUGUUUGUUUGUUUGUUUGUUUGUUUGUUCUUUUGCAUAGAGACCGGUUACUCGGCUGGUACCUAGGCCUUUGGCAGGUAUUGAUCGGGAGUUAGAGGUGAUGAAAUAGUGUCUGUUGCUGCUUUUAAAAGUUUUAAGUCUGAAAAAUGUAAAUAGUUUAUCAUAAUAUCUUGUACAGUCCAGUGUAAAGUUUUUAAUUGAACUUAAAAAAGGUUGCCAUCACAUUUGUGUUCACAUUCUUCUUUAUACAGUGCAAAAGACAGCUAUUUGCUAAGGAUAUUAUUGUUUUAAAAAAGAAAUGAAAAAAAUGGUACUAAAAAUAUUUUUUGCUUGGCUUCAAUAUGUAAACCAGCAAGUCCUUGGUUUCCAUGUGCAGUAUUGACGUGAGGUAAACUAAAGGUUAAAUAAUUCAGUGCUAUGUUUGGAGACCAGUCUUCUCUGUUUUGGUAGUAUUAAUAUAUCAGAUAAAGUAUACCAGAUGAGUGACACAUUUGGGUGUUUUUAGGCACCUUAGUGGUGUAUAAAUUAUUUAGGUUGUUUCCCUACAGGAUGCAUUUUGGCAUAUCAUAAUGUAACACCAUCUUUCUACAGUACCGUAUGUGUACGCAGUCAAGUCGAUGUAACACGACCGAGUUUGGUGUUACUUCCUGUUUAUCAUUUACCUCAAGAGUGUCCUCCUUUUCCAUAAAAAGAAAAUGAAAUCACACAAGAAAAAAAGCCGUCUCACCACCACUCCAUCUUUUGUACUGCUGUUGACACUUACAAAUUAAAGAGA